AUGGAGUUCAAACAUUUGCUCUGGUUGGCUGGAGUAUUGUGCAUUUGUUCGAGGCCAUUCGGCGUUGAAGCCGAAAGUAAUCCCACCUGCAGCGAAAACGUAAAGAUAUAUUCGGCGAAGUCAUCUACCUAUUAUACGACUAGUACCAUAAGUUGUGGAGGAUGGAAUCGACGCGAAGUAACAUAUCAAUGCCCUAAAACAACUUGUUCCCUGGACUAUUCUUUAUCCUCCCGAUCUAUUUGUUGCCCCGGUUUCUACACCAAUUCCGAUGGCUUAUGUAUACCGGCCUGCAAAUCGCGCUGUGAGAAUGGUUAUUGUGCAGAACCUGAUAAGUGCAAAUGCUUGGACGGCUAUACGAUGGUCAGUGGAGUUUGUAAGCCCGUGUGCAGUAACUGCCAGAAUGGGACGUGUGUUGCCCCGAACCAGUGCAUAUGCAACAAGGGCUUUGAGCGCAGCAAUGGAGGUACUUGCGUUCCAAAGUGCAACGGCAUCUGUUUGAACGGGAUCUGUACCACAAGUGGAGAGUGCAUCUGUGCGGAAGGGUACUUCAAAAGUACGGUUAUCGCGGACUAUGACGGAUUCGGAAACGCAACACUGUGCGUGCCGAGCUGUGAUAAGCCUUGUCAAAACGGUCAGUGCGUCGGGCGUAAUCGAUGUCAAUGUCGCGAGGGAUUCCAGCCUUCACAAGAUCAGUUUCAGUGCGAACCGAUCUGUACAAACGAUUGUGGCAAUGGCGUGUGUACGGCUCCGAAUAUCUGCCAAUGUAAUCAAGGCUACCGGUACGAAGUUGAUCGAUGUGCACCAGUGUGUGAUCCACCAUGUCGGAAUGGUGCCUGCGUGGAGCCCAAUGUGUGUGACUGUCACGAAGGAUACAAGAGACCGACGGACUCUACCUACAGAUGUUCUCCAAUAUGCGAUCCCCCGUGUGAAAAUGGUUACUGUUAUGAACCGAAUAAGUGUCAGUGUAAUGAUGGUUACGCUCGUUCGUCGCUUUACGACCACAAAUGUGACCCGGUCUGUGAACCGAAAUACGUUAACGAACAGAACGGUUUCUGCAUAGCUCCGAAUGUGCUGCAAUGUGAAGAAAACUAUCAUCUAACACGACUCCACCAAAGCAACGUGAUGGGAUGCGAACGGAUCUGUAAUCCCGAAUGUGUCAAUGCUCGGUGUGUGGAAGAAGAUCGCUGCGAAUGUCAUGAAGGAUACGUAGCACGGAAGGAUAUGCCCAACAUAUGUAUGCCUGUCUGUGAUCCACCCUGUGAGAUGGCCCAAUGCAUUGCCCCGAACGUGUGCGAAUGUCACGCAGGACACGAAAAGAACGAAACACACCUCUGUGUACCAGCCUGUGACCCGGCAGUGGUGGACUGUAACAACGGCCGUUGUACAGCAGUGAAUGCAUGCGAGUGCGACGAAGGAUACGCCUUAGAGAUUGGCGAGGACAAGGUAAAACGAUGUGUGCCUGUGUGUGAUCCCCCAUGCAGUUUCGGGUCAUGCUCCAAACCUAACGAAUGUCAGUGCUGGGAGGGUUACAGUGAGUUCCCAACUGCCGCUUCGGUUUGUGAGCCCGUUUGUGUGGAUGGCUGUGAAAAUGGAACCUGUGUGGCGCCUGCAAAGUGUGAAUGUCUCGAGGGAUAUGUGGCUGUUAAUGCGAGUAGUUGCUCGCCUUACUGUGAUCCUGAGGUAGUCGAUUGCGAAACUGGAGGUAGUUGUACCGGACCCAACGAAUGUGAGUGCUUCGAAGGAUAUAAGUUGCAAACGACCAUGCUGCCCGAUCGAUGCAUGCCACAGUGCUCCGAUCUGGCUGAAUUCGCCGAAUGUACAUCGCCGAAUGAGUCUCGUUGUAUAGCGGGAUAUGAAGCUGUAUAUGAGCAGGAUCUAUUGAAAGAAUGUGCUCCAGUCUGUGCACAAGAGUGUGAUAAUGGCACCUGCACCGCGCCUAAUCAGUGCACUUGCUUCGAAGGAUAUACGGCGGGAUAUAAUGAAACCUGUGCUUCAAUCUGCGAGAAGGACUGCGAAGGAAGCAAUGGAGUCUGUGUCGAGAACCUGUGCCAAUGCUUCGACGGCUACAGUAACCUGGUCAACGCAUACACUUGUUCGCCGGUCUGCGAGCGAUGUGAUCAUGGCGAGUGCGUAAUGCCAGACGAGUGCUCUUGUUUCGACGGCUAUGAGAUGAACAACCAGACAGAUACAUGCGAACCGGUGUGCGGGAACUGUACGGAAGAGAUGUACUGCAAGGCACCGGACGAAUGUGCAUGUCAUGGAGACAAGACUCUGACAGUGGACGACCAGAACAACAUACAGUGUGUUUUACCAGCAGAAACCAUGAUUCAGCUGAAGGAUAACUUGGUGUUGUGGGCCAUGAUUGGGAUGAUAGGUGGACUCGCAACACUGUUCGGUAUUGCAUACAUCAUGUACAAAAGAUCUUCCGGUAGCUUCAACACUACAGUAAGAAUGAGUGACAUCAAACUGAUUGAUUAA